UUUUGGCUCCGGCUGCCUCGCUUUCCAUAACCUUCCUCCGGCGUUUGUUUAGCGCUUUGCUACCCCCGGAGCCAUUCGGGAUUUAGCUCCCCGGAGGAGGAGGAGGAGGCUUUAGAGAGGGUGCGUGUUUCUUCCUCACCCUCCUCUUCCUCGACCCCGAGCCACUGAGCACCUCCGUUUUGCCGCUCUCCCCGCGCAGAUGUCGACCUACAAGCGGGCGACGCUGGACGACGAAGACCCCCUGGACUCCAUCGGCGAAGGCGAUGGAUACCCCAACGGCUUCCAGGUGAAUUUCCGCGGCGCGAGGAGCAGCCCCGGGUGCUGGGCCGAGAGGACGCGCGUCGAGAAGCAACUGGUGGUACUGGUGGGGAUACUGGGGACCGUGCUGGCGGCGUGUCUGCUGGGUCUCAUCUUCCAGUACAGAGCCCGCUCUCCCGCCGUGUGCCUGUCGGAAGCCUGCAUCUCCGUCACCAGCUCCAUCCUCAGCUCGCUGGACCGGGCCGUGAAUCCCUGUGAGGACUUCUUCAGCUACGCCUGCGGGGGCUGGGUCAAGGCCAACCCCCUCCCCGACGGCCACUCGCGCUGGGGCACCUUCAACAACCUCUGGGAGCACAACCAGGCCAUCAUGAAGCAUCUGCUGGAAAACACCACGGCCAACGUGUCGAGCGAGGCGGAGCGCAAGGCGCAGCGUUACUACCAGGCCUGCAUGAACGAGAGCAAGAUCGAGGAGCUGCGGGCCACCCCCCUCAUGGACCUCAUCCAAAAGCUGGGUGGCUGGAACAUCACGGGUCCCUGCGCAGGGGACAACUUCAACGCCACGCUGCGGGAGGUGACGGCCCAUUACCGCACCUCCCCCUUCUUCUCCGUCUACGUCAGCGCCGACUCCAAAAACUCCAACAGCAACGUCAUCCAGGUGGAUCAGUCGGGGCUGGGCCUGCCCUCGCGGGACUACUACCUGAACAAGACGGAGAAUGAGAAGGUGCUGGCCGGGUACCUGAACUACAUGGUGCAGCUGGGGAUGUUCCUGGGAGGCACCGACGAGGAGUCGGUGCGGCAGCAGAUGCAGCAGAUCUUGGAUUUCGAGACGGCGUUGGCCAACAUCACCAUCCCGCAGGAGAAACACCGGGACGAGGAGGUCAUCUACCAUAAAAUGACAGCUGGAGAGCUGAAGGAGCUGGCACCGGCCGUGGACUGGAUGCCCUUCCUCUCUACUGUCUUCUACCCCGUGGAGCUCAACGAGUCGGAGCCCGUGGUGGUCUACGCCAAGGAGUACCUGGAGCAGGUCUCCGACCUCAUCCUGGCCACUGAUAAAUGCCUCCUCAACAACUACAUGAUCUGGAACCUGGUGCGGAAAACCAGCCCCUUCCUCGACCAGCGCUUCCAGGAUGCCGAGGAGAAAUUCAUGGAAGUGAUGUACGGGACGAAGAAGACCUGUCUCCCGCGCUGGAAAUUUUGCAUCAGUGACACAGACAACAACCUGGGCUUCGCCCUGGGGGCCAUGUUCGUCAAGGCCACCUUCGCCGAGGACAGCAAGCAGGUGGCAGAGGAAAUGAUCGCGGAGAUUAAAACAGCCUUCGAGGAAAGCCUGGAGACACUGCAGUGGAUGGAUGAAGAGACGAGGAAAUCGGCCAAAGAGAAGGCAGAUGCCAUCUACAACAUGAUCGGCUACCCCAAGUUCAUCAUGGACCCCAAGGAGCUGGAUAAAGUUUUUAAUGAUUACGAGGCUGUGUCCGACCUCUACUUUGAGAACGUCAUGCAGUUCUACAACUUCUCAGCCAGGGUCACCGCCGACCAGCUCCGGAAACCACCGAACCGGGACCAGUGGAGCAUGACACCUCCAACGGUCAACGCAUACUACUCUCCCACCAAGAACGAGAUCGUCUUCCCCGCCGGCAUCCUCCAGGCCCCUUUUUACACCCGUGCGUCUCCCAAGUCGCUGAAUUUUGGUGGGAUCGGUGUGGUGGUGGGCCAUGAGUUGACACAUGCCUUUGAUGACCAAGGCCGGGAGUACGACAAGGAUGGCAACCUGCGUCCCUGGUGGAAGAACUCCUCGGUGGAGGCCUUCAAGAGGCAGACAGCGUGCAUGGUGGAGCAGUACGGCAACUACACUGUCAACGGCGAGGCCGUCAAUGGCAAACACACCCUCGGGGAGAACAUUGCUGACAAUGGUGGCCUCAAAGCUGCCUACCGGGCAUAUCAAAACUGGCUGAAAAAGAAUGGGGAUGAGGAAACCCUCCCAACUCUCGGCCUCACCAACCACCAGCUCUUCUUUGUUGGCUUUGCCCAGGUGUGGUGUUCGGUUCGCACGCCGGAGAGCUCGCACGAGGGGCUCAUCACCGACCCCCACAGCCCCUCGCGUUUCCGCGUCAUCGGCACCGUCUCCAACUCCCGGGAGUUCGCCGAGCAUUUCGGCUGCCCCCUGGGCUCCCCCAUGAAUCCCCCCAAGAAAUGCGAAGUCUGGUGA